ACGCACAGAGGCCGCGCCGCCGCCGCCGCCGCCGCCGCCGCCAUGAGAGGGUGGGCGGGAGCGCUGCGGGUGGCCCGGGCCGAGCUCAGCGGGUUUCGGGAGCGCUUCGAUUUCGGCGGCCGCGAUGUGGCCUCCUGGUUCCCGGGGCACAUGGCGAAAGGCCUGCGUCAGAUGCGGGCCUCCCUGCGGCGCGCCGACUGCCUCAUCGAGGUGCACGACGCUCGCAUCCCGCUGUCGGGCCGUAACCCCAUGCUGCAGGAGGUGCUGGGCAUCCGCCCGCAUAUCCUGGUGCUGAACAAGAUGGACCUGGCUGAUCCCCGCCGGCAGCCAACAGUCUUGGAGCACCUGAAGCAGCAGGGAUGCUCGCAUGUUGUCUUCGCUGACUGCCAGCACGAUGGCAACGUCAAGAAGAUUGUUCCCCUGGUUGCCAAGCUGGUGGGGAACAGCCCGCGCUACCACAGGGCCGAGAGCACCGAGUACAGUAUCCUGGUGAUUGGUGUGCCCAACGUGGGCAAGUCAUCGCUUAUCAACUCCCUGCGGAGGCUGCACCUCAAAAAGGGGAAAGCCACCGUGGUUGGUGGGGAGCCGGGCAUCACCAAGGCAGUGCUGACCAGAAUCCAGGUCUGCGAGAAGCCCCUGAUGUACCUGGUGGACACGCCUGGUGUGCUGCCCCCCAAGCUGGGGGACAUGGAGACAGGCAUGAAGCUGGCGCUGUGUGGAGCCAUCCGUGAUCACCUGGUGGGGGAGGACAUCAUGGCUGACUACCUCCUGUACAUCCUAAACAAGCAGCAGCAGUUCAGGUAUGUGCAGCACUAUGGGCUGGCUGAGGCCUGUGAUGACAUCAAGCCCGUGCUGAAGCACGUGGCCCUUGCCCGGGGCAGGACACAGAAGGUGAAGGUGCUGACAGGCACAGGGAACAUCAAUGUGACAAUGCUCAACUACCCCGCUGCUGCUUAUGAGUUCCUGCGGGAUUUCCGGGCAGGACGUCUAGGCAGGGUGACGCUGGACUGAGACCUGUCCUGUGUGGGGCACUGCCCACAGCCGUGCAGGCUGGGGACACCCCAGUGCCCCAUGUGACCAGCAUGGAGCUCUGGUGUGUGAUUUGAAGCAGCUCUGCUAGGGCAGCCCCCACUUUCAGGCCCCUGGGCUGCUGCUGGAGGAUCCUGGGUGUCCCUCUGGAUCUGGGGGUCAGAGGGGCAGGAUCCCUGCAGCAGGGGGCGAGGCUGACCUGCAGUGUCACCAUGCAGGGCAGUGCUCUCCGUGGGGAGCGUGGUGCCUGCCUGGGAGGCCCUGGAGCACAGCUGGUGCCUCCAGCCAGGGCAAAACCCCAGCAGAGCCAUUUUCUUGCUCUCUUGGCCCUCUCUGGGGCCUCCAUCCUGAAAUAAAACCUGUGUGGGCAGGGUGCUGGAGUGGUGGCUGUCCCAGGGUCCCCACCCCAAGCCCCUCAUCCCACAUCCAGCCACA